AUGGAACCGCCGAGUUUCGGCUUGAUAAAGCCCAGCCUCGGCCAGUCCCAGGCUUACUGCCUCUUGAUAGCAUACUGCCUCGUCUACGUUCUGCCUCUCUACGCUUCAGCUGCUACUAGGGCCUCGCCAGCCCGUUCGAGGGAUGCCCCGGAGGCCAUUCGCGCCCGAAUACGCGCCGUCUCCCUGUCCACCACCGUCUGCUCCGUGUCCACCCUACUCAUAAUCCAUCGCUUCGCCCCAGUCGCCAGCCUCACCUUCGCCUCAGCAUCCGGGUAUUCCACCACCGGCCACCGUAGCCAGUUCCCUAUUCAUCUCAUGGGAUAUUGGCCACUUGGCCUGCCCGAGACUGCCAAGGCUCACCUUCUCACCGCUCUGCUCUUUGCCGGUCCUCUCUAUGAAUGUCUCUUCAUCGACGGUGUCUGGAGACGGUGGCCGAAACUCAAGCCCUUGAGACACGUCUGGCUCGAUUGGCCGACUUGGCGGAAUAUUGUCGCUGGCCCCGUCACUGAAGAAUGUCUCUUUAGGUCCGCUGCUGUGCCGUUGCUGCUGCUCGCCGGCUCUGAUUCUACCAACAUCAUUCUCCGGUCUCCCUUGGUCUUUGGCCUCGCCCACCUUCACCAUUUCUACGAGUUCCGCAUUACUCAUCCCCAAACUCCUCUCAUCACCGCCGUCGCCCGCUCAGUCUUUCAGUUUUUGUACACGUACAUUUUCGGUGUGUAUGCUACCUUCAUAUUCCUGCGUACAGGCUCACUGCUUGCUGCCAUAUCUGCACACGCUCUCUGCAAUUCCAUGGGUCUUCCGCGACUCUGGGGCGCUGUGGAGCCUCACUGGUUGUUCCGCCGCGAUCUUUCCGCCCCCCCCUCUCCAGCGACAUGGACUGCACUCUACUACCUCCUGCUCGUGGCUGGCUUCGCGCUCUGGUACUCCAAUUUGUAUGCCCUGACAGAGUCGCCCAUGGCCCUGGCUGUCUUUUGA